AUGAUGGGCGGUCGCAAGAUGCACCCGAUCAGUCAUCGAGUUCCCCCACAGACGGCGAUGGACGAGAAGUUCAUCGAGCAGAUCUGGGAACGGCUCCGCUCGUCUAUUCGUGAGAUCCAAAACAAGCGCAGCAACGGGCUCUCCUUCGAGGAGCUCUACCGCAACGCCUACAACAUGGUGCUGCACAAGAACGGGCAAAAAUUGUACCAGGGCCUUCGCGAGGUGAUCGUCGAACACCUCCGCGUCGUGGUCCGGGAACCGUUCGCCUCGACGUCGACGGUGCUGAAGGGGAUGCGGGCGGCCUGGCAUGAACAUUUGACAGCCAUGAAGAUGAUCCGCGACAUCCUGAUGUACGUCGACCGUGUGUAUGUGCCGAACAACAACGUCGAGCCGGUGUACAACCUCGGGCUGUCCGUCUUUCGAGAUGAGGUGGUGCGGUACAACGGCGUCAACGAGCGGAUGCGCCGCGAACUGCUCGACAUGGUUGAGGGCGAACGGCACGGGGACACCAUUGAUUGGCUGCUGGUCAAGGACAUUUGCGCGCUGCUGGCCGCCAUCGACGUCUACAGCGCAGAAUUCGAGCUGCCGUUCCUCGACGAGACGACUACUUUCUACAGGCAAGUGGGCCGUCAGCUUCUCUCCAAUAACCCGGCCACCAUCUACGUGCGAAAGGUUGAGCAGUACAUCACGGAGGAGACUGACCGUGCCCUGCGCUACCUGGAGCCCAGCACUCGCGAGAAAUUGCUCGAGGUGGUCGACAACGAGCUGAUCACCGCCCACCUGCAGGAGCUCGUCGAGAUGGAGGGGUCGGGCGUGGUGGCGCUGCUAAACGACAGCCGCUUCGACGAGCUGCUCGCCAUGUUCAAGCUCAUCAAGCGCGUCCCCACCGGGCCAGCGAGCUUCUGCCGGGCGGUGACGACGUGGGUGCGACAGCGCGGCGAGAACAUUGCCGACCCCCAGUCCCAAUCCGCCGACAUCAAGGCGUCACCCGUCGUCUACAUCACGAAACUGAUGGAACUGAAGCAGCAGUGCGAUCAGCUGCUCCACCGCUCGUUCGAGGAUGACGCGACGUUCAAGAACAAGAUCCACUCCGAGUUCGAGACGUUCAUCAACAAGAACAGCCAUUCCCCCGAGCACCUCGUCACCUACAUUGACGACAAGCUGAAGAAGGGUGCCCGUGUCCUCGACGAUGCCGAAAUUGACGUGGCCAUCCAGAAGGCGAUGGAAAUCUUCCGAUUCAUCAACGACAAGGACGUCUUUGAGCACUACUACAAACGCUCGCUGGCCCGCCGCCUGCUGAUGGACCGGAGCGCAUCGAACGAUUUUGAGAAACUGAUGGUGGGCCGUCUGAAGACGGAGUGCGGCUACCAGUACACGCAGAAGCUGGAGCUGAUGUUCAAGGAUCGUGAACUGUGGCACACGAUGCAGAGCCAGUUCCGCGAUUUCCUCAACGAUCACAAUUGUGAUCGUCGCCUCCACGACCUGCAGAUUCGUGUGCUCACCUCGGGGGCAUGGUCGGCCCAGCAGGCCACCCAAGGAUUGCCGUGUCGACUUCCACCGCUGGCCGAGCAGUCAUUCCGCAUCUUUCAGGACUUUUACUCAAAGCAACACAACGGGCGCAAGCUGGCGCUCUCGCCGAAUUUGGGCAACGCCGAGCUGAAGGCCAUCUUCUACUCGACGCAACCAACUGCCGGCUCGGAUGAGGGAAGCCAAGUGGAGUCGACCACCUCGUACGACGCCACCCCAUUCCAACCAUCCGCCCCCGUCGGCCGCUUCGAGGUGCAGAAGAUCCUGCAAGUGUCCACCUACCAAAUGACGAUCCUCAUGCUCUUCAACUACAAGCACAAGAUCGCCUCAAUCGUCGACCCGAACGCCAACAGCACGGCGGCCCGACCCAGUAAAACCGUCGAACCCAAGCAUCCGCCGAUCAGAUUGACCGACGACCGGAAGCACGAGGUGGAGUGCGCGGUGGUGCUGCGUGAUGAAGGCCCGGAAGACGCUCGACCACUCUUCCCUCGUCAUGCAGGUGGCCGAGCAGGUGGCGAAGCGCUUCAUCCAACGCCGGCCCUCAUCAAGCAGCGCAACGAGGCGCUGAUCGAGAGGGACUACUUGGUGCGCGACAACAAAGAUCCCAGGAUAUACAGCUAUGUGUCG